GCAGCACGUCACGUGACAUUGUGAGUUUGUCACGUGCAAGACGCAGGCGCUUCCUGUUUUGUAAGCGAGGUGAAGAUGACUACUGCACUUACUCAAGGUUUGGAGAGAAUCCCGGGACAGCUCGGAUAUCUGGUGAUCAGCGAGGACGGCGUUCUGGCUUCUUCAGGAGAGCUGGAGAAUGAUGAACGUACAGCAGGUGUGAUCAUGCAGAUGGUCCGCACAGCAUGUCGCUUCAGGCUUCAUGGCGCAGCAGAGCCCCCUUUUAAGCGCAUGUCAGUGAUGUUUGAGGACUAUGCUUAUGCAGUGACCAUCUCCGGACAAAAAGUAUUUGUAGUGAAACGUCAGAACAAUCAGCGGGAACCUGUGACAGCCUAGUUAUCAAAAGGGAAUGAAAAAUAAAGGAAAGGAAAUUACACAAAAGAAGUCCUUGCAAUAAAGUACACCACCUGAUGUCUGAUGUCAGCUUGCAGAUAAAGGAAUAGUGAUGAACAUUUCUUCUCUAGUCUGACACAACCGUGCUUAAAAUGCUUUCAGACACAGGGUGUGUCAUAUCUGCUCUGAGAAGAUCUCCUUCAUUUUGUUUCUCAGUAAUGUGUAUUUAUUGAGGGGAGGGCAGGGCUGGUUUAUCGUGCUUAAUGAUGGGGCUGAUGCUGCAUUCUAUGUGGAUGAUUUUUAACUCUGUGAUGCUAUGUAAUGCUUUUUUUGUGUAUCUAUUCUCCUACUAACAAAAUGUCAGUAUUUAUAUAAAAUAAGUUCUAUUUCAAUUCAUUGGCUUUUCAUAAAUCUGGUAAUGCUUUUCUUUCAGUUCAUCCAUUUAUGUGGAACUUUUACUUAACAGGCUGUUAACCUUGGGGCUGUGUCUUCACAUGAAAAGACCUGAGAUGUGGAUGUGUUAUUAUUAUUAUUAUUGUUAUUAUUAUUGUUAUUAUUAAAGUUUCAUUAACUUUCCCAGCUUGAAGCAACACUUAGUUAUUUUACACAGACCUCAGUGGUUCUGCAUCAGUGUACUGUCAUGUUAAGCAAAGUGGCCUGUACACCUGACACUGGUAGCACAUGGACAUUAAAAACAAAUAAAUGCAUAUUUUGAUUUGUGGUCUAUGUUCAUAAUCUACACAGCAAACAGGAGAAUAUCAGUCUGUUGUCUAUGCUGCUCUAAUGUUUUUGUAAAACUAAAAUGUUAUCUGUAAAAGUGUUUAAUAAACUAUAUUAAAAAACAAGAA